GCGACCACCAUGCGCCUGUGCAAUGGCCUUUCUCUACGCAGUUGUUUAGAUUUGUCGAUUUGAUGGAUACUUCCACUUAUAAUAGUUUCUCAAUUAGCUAAAAGUCUUCGAAAUAUUUUUGUUUGUGUUAAGAUAAGGAGAAUUUCCAAAAGAAAUUGUAUAGUUGUUACAGCAAAGAUUGCGCUGUGUUUUGGAUGAGCUUUUCUCUGGAGUUCUCAUCCCCUGUUGUUGGCUAUUUUGGGAGUUUAUCAACUUUUCAAGCGAUUCUUGUCAUUUUCGUUGAUAAUGGAGUUUCACGUUGGUGGGUCUGUUGGGGUCGUUGUCAGUGGGAAUAACGUACCUGCAUUUCUCACAAAACUUUGGACUCUUGUUGAGGAUCCUGACACCGAUCCUCUAAUCUGCUGGAGCCCAAAUGGCAACAGCUUCCAUGUGUUUGAUCAGUGCCGAUUUUCCAAGGAGGUGCUUCCCAAGUAUUUUAAACACAAUAACAUGGCCAGCUUUGUGCGCCAGCUCAAUAUGUAUGGCUUCCGCAAAGUAGUUCACAUUGAGCAGGGCGGCCUGGUGAAGCCUGAGAAGGACGACACUGAAUUCCAGCAUCCCUACUUCCUCCGCGGACAAGAGCAUCUGCUGGAAAAUAUCAAACGUAAAGUUACCAAUGUGUCCAAUGUUAAACAUGAUGAGCUUAAGAUAAGCUCAGACGAUGUCUCGAAAAUCCUGACCAACGUGCAGCACAUAAAGGGCAAGCAGGAGACCAUAGACUCCCAAAUCAUCGCCAUGAAGCAUGAGAAUGAAGCUCUGUGGAGGGAGGUGGCCAGCCUCCGACAGAAACACGCCCAGCAACAGAAAGUCGUCAACAAGCUCAUCCAGUUCCUAGUGACCCUGGUGCAGUCCAACAGAGUCCUGGGGAUGAAGAGAAAGAUUCCCCUGAUGCUGAAUGACAGCAGCUCCGCCCACUCCUUGCCCAAGUUCAGCAGGCAGUACUCUCUGGAACAUCUUCAGGCCUCGCUGCAGGGCUCGCCUGCUAUCUCCGCCUCGGGCGCACCAUUCACCAGUACCGGUCUCUUCACGGCAGAGACGUCUCUUAACAACGGCCCCAUAAUCUCUGACGUCACCGACCUGGCACAGGCCAGCCCUGUCGAGGUCACUAAUGAGUGGAUAGAAAAAAGCACGAGCCCAUUGGUCCACAUAAAGGAGGAGCCGUCCAGUCCCGUGUUGGAGGAGGUGUGUUCGGCCGAGGCCGUGAUCGGUGGGGCAGGAGUCCAGGUAGACACGCCCCUGUCCCCCAUCACCUUCAUCAACUCCAUCCUGCAGGAGAGCAACGAGCCUAACGCGUCCCCUGACCCAACGACCCCUACGGAGCAAAAGUGUCUCAGCCUCGCCUGUCUAGACAAGAGUGAGCUGAGUGACCAUUUGGACAGCAUCGACAAUGGCCUGGAAAACCUCCAGACUAUCCUAAACGCGCAGUCCAUCAAUUUCGAGUCCUCACCCCUCUUUGAAUUCUUCAGUUCUUCCCUGCCUGGUUCUGAAUUCGACCUGGAGAGCCUUGACUGUAUCCAGGACUUGCUUUCAUCAGAUCCACCCAAAGGGGCUGAGAGAAGUGACAACUACACAGCAGGGAAGCAGCUGGUCCAGUACACCUCCCAGCCAAUGCUACUGACUGACCCACUGACCAAUGAGAAUGGCGGAGCGGACCUCCCCACUCUGCUGGAGGGGGACUCGUAUUUCACCCAGGACCAGGACCCUGAAGAGGACCCUACCAUCUCGCUCCUCACUACCGACUACCACACAGCAGCACCAGACAAGCCCAAACUAUCCUAAAGCGUUUUUUUUAUAAAGUGAUGUAUUGCAGUGUUUUUUUGUUUUUUUUGUUUUUUGUCAUUAUGUUAAUGUGCAGAUGAUGAAAAAUCAACCUGUUAAAACAUUUAUUAUUAUGGUGUUCAUUAUUCUCUGAGCUAUUGAUUUUCAUUCAUUUUAAGGCUUACACUACUUAUUGAAAGAAUUUUGCUUAGAUGAAUCAAACCAAAUGUUCGACUGGCAUGGUUUAUUCAGCCCAUGGAAAGAACUUCCUGGGUUGAAUUAUCUGUGAUCUUACUGGCGGACAUAAAUAAAGCUCAAUCAUAAUCAUUACUAGGUCAAGUUUUAAGCAUUGUUCACCAAGCUCCUUUAAUUAUUAAAAGUGGAAGUAUGCAGAAUAUUUUUUUUGUUAUACUAAAGGUUAAAGAUCUAAUACAUUUCAAAGGUGUGUGCGUGCGUGGUCCACUAGACUCCACCUGAAUCAUUUCUCUCUUGUCAACUCUGUUCUUUCAGACUCACUAUCCAAGGGAUGUGGCUUGACUGUUUCUAGAAAAAAAACUGUUUUUGUUUCUUUUCUUUUUAAUGUUUAGGUUCUUGCGCUUUCACCUAUUGAUAUAAGGAUAGUACCUUAAUCAUCAUUUUUUUAAAGGUUUUGAAUCUUUUUGCUGCACCAAUAUGUUGUUUUAUUCACAUUAGUUGCAGGAAGUGUUUUCUUUGACAUUUUCCCUUGCAUAAUUCAUAAUGGAAUGCUGUUGGUAUUUCAGCACCUUAUAGUUAUACUGUCGUAUCUAAGAUUGUUCCAUUUUAUUACUUGUUGUUUAAAGAACCAUACAUUAAUUUAUUUUAGACAGAGUUCUCCAAAACACCAAAUACUACUUACUCUAGCCCUCAGAAGUGUCAAUGUUCACAUGCAUAUAGUCUGGAUGACAAAAUCAUAUUGAUUUUUUUAAUAAUAUAAUGAAACAUUGAGUAUUAAAUGGCAAUUCAUAUUUUUUUCUUUAAGCAUUUUUUCUUAAAGUCUAGAUGACCAACUGUCAAUAAAAUAUUACACGUCAGACAUCUGAA